AUGGCUAGUGCUGCUGUGGGUGCAAUGGCUGAAUUCGCUGUGUCGGAGGCAGCUGGUUCCGUGGGCAGUACCGAGAAGACACUGCAGUUUCCCAGGCAGUUGGAUGAAACCUGUGUGUUUUGCCAACUCUCCAGUGGCACAGGGUUGAAAGUGCUGCGAUGUUUACACAUUGCGUGCAGUCAGUGUAUCAAAGAACACACGAACACAGAGAGCUCGCUAACCUGCGCUAGAUGUCAGUUGAUGAGCGAGGCAGCGAGUCCAGGACAGCCACUACCGAACAGCUUAGCAGACUGGCCAAAGCCAAUCGAUUCGGCGUCUCGCAAAGCUACACAUACAUGUAUGUGCCAAGACAGUGACUGUGUUGAUUCUCAGGUGAGUGCAUUUUCGCACUGCGCAGAUUGCGAUCAGCACCUGUGUGAGCCACACUCCCUGGUUCAUACACGCAGUCGGCGACAUCUUGGCCAUCGUGUGACCGCUCUUCGCGGUGAUCCAAUGGCCAGCUCGGCCAAGACGUGCCCUCAGCACCCAGCACAACACGCGACACAGUUUUGUCCAGUGUGUAAGAUAAUUCUGUGUGAGCACUGCAGUAGUCACACAGAACACAGAGUGUUAGAGCUGGCCAUAGCUGCACAUGAUGUUCGACAUACCUAUUCCAACACAACACUGCUGGCUGAAGAAAGUCACUAUACCAGGUUAACACAGGAACUGUCUGCAGUGGAGCAAGAACAGGAUGAACUACAGCACAAAGUCCAGGCCAUUAGCGAUGGCAUUGGUGAGGAAUUUGAGCGUCGACACGAGGAACUACGCACUGCCGAGAAGUCUCUUCGUGAUGCUGUUGAUAAUCUGCAUUGGAAAGAGACCAAGCCCAUUGAGGUGAGAAAAGAGAAAAUUGUGGAGAGCAUGCGGCAGUUGCAGGUUGCUCACCAUCUGCAAGCAAAUCUCAGCGACGCUGUACUUGUCAAAGCAUCGGCUACGCAGUGGCCAGAAAUGUACGUACGCACACCUAUUGCCGCAGAACUGGCCUCAGCUGCUGAAUCACCGACGGUCACAUCCAUCCAUGAGAUCCACGAGACGGUAAAGAGAGACGCUCGCGAGUACGUGCAAAAGCACCUGAGCGCCUGUGUGCUCUCUACUCAAGAUGUGGCCACAGUGCCUGAAACGCCACAGAUCGAUGGGUUCAUCCAGGAUUAUUCUAGCAACAUACUGGAGCAUGGAUGUCUUCUAUUUGACGAGAGUGAUAAAUCGCAGAAUGUCCGCCUGACUGAUGAGUAUCGAACCGCAACAGCUCGCAUCACCCAAAAUCCCAAAUAUCGGUCGGUCACUGGUGGUUGUUUUUUUUACUGGGAGAGAGAGUCGUUCGCCGUUCGCAUUCUCAAGGCCUUCAAUCCACUGCUACUAGGAAUCGCAAGAAUGUCGAUACCCACAAAGCGAGACAAUGGUUGGAGUCACGCUUCAGGAUUCAUCGGUUGGUCCAGUGUCUUUCCACACGAUGAUCGAGUAUUAGGCGAGCGACUGGGACAACCAUGGAUAGAAGGAGAUGUGAUUCGUAUCAUUGUGGACUCCCCGAAAGGCAGGAUUCGCGCUUGCCACGUGCGUAGUGGUGAGGAAGGCAGCCUGCCAAUUGUGCGGUACUGCGAUGAAUAUACUUUCCGUGCUGAGCUUAUGGAUGGCACAUCCAUUACCCUGAUCACAUGA